AUGGAGAAACAAAAAAACGCCGUAGGUCGCCGUAAGGAAGCGGUAGCCCGUGUGUACCUGAGUAAGGGCACUGGUAAUAUCACGGUGAAUGGCAAGGAGUACAAGAACUACUUCCCGCUUAUGUACCUGCAAAACCAGGUUGAGCUGCCACUGAAAACCAUCGAAGUAACUGAAGCUUUUGAUUUGGUGAUCAAUGUACAAGGUGGAGGUCCAAAAGGACAAGCUGAAGCAAUCAAGAUGGGUAUCGCCCGCGUUCUUUGCGAAGUGAAUCCAGAAUAUCGCCCGGCACUGAAGAAGGAAGGCCUGAUGACGCGUGACUCA